AUGAAUACUCAGGAACUCAAAAACUUCCUUGCGGAUACACCUCCUAGUAUCGUGCAGCUUGAAAUCAAGAAGCAUUUCGAGGCGCUUUCUGAUAAAGAAAAACGUUACGCUCAUUAUAUUAGCAGAGCAUCUAUGAAUGGAACUCGUAUCACAUUGAGACAAGUUUCCCCAGAAUCUGAAGAUAUCUAUGAUUUCAUUAUUGAACUUCAUAAAUCCAUCAAUGGUGACUGGGGUUCUGCUCAAAAAAAAGCCGGCAUCAGUGACGAAGAUCUGAAAUUUUUCUUAGAGUACUGCGCUCAGUUCCUUGGUAACUGCGGAAAUUACAAGUCUUUUGGUGACUCCAAGAUUAUUCCAAGAUGUGACGAGAAAGUCUUCGAUGCUUUAGCUGCGCUUUCCCCAAAGGCAAAGCAACAUUAUGAAGCUACUAAAGGAGCUAUUUUUCCAACUCAAAAUUCUGGAUUAAUGCAUCUCGGAUUUUCCGAUGAUGGACAUUUGACCAAUUACUAUCCUGAUUCAACCAACAUCACCAAAUCUGACAUCGUUGCAGUUGGUGAAUUUUUGGAACAAAAGGGGUUGCUAGUGGAAAACACAAGAUUGAGAAAGACUCCGGAAGGAUCAUUCGAACUUUUGCUUGCCUCGGCUGUUACGAGUAUUCCUCCUGAAGGCAGUGAUAUCGGCAAUGAAACCGAUUUCGUGAUUGAAAAGGAACCGUUAGAGGGCACUAAAUUGAAACUCAUCUUUGGUGAUUACUCGAAAGAGUUGGCUUUAGUUGCUGAGGAUUGCAAAAAAGCUGCCGAGAAUGCCGCCAAUGAUACGCAGAAGGAUAUGUAUGAGGCAUAUGCCAAAUCAUUUGAAACAGGUUCAUCACACGUAUUCAAAGACUCACAAAGAUAUUGGAUUAGAGAUAAGGGUCCUUCGGUUGAAUCUAACAUUGGGUUUAUUGAAACUUUGAGAGAUCCUCAGGGUGUGAGAGCUGAAUUCCAAGGAUUUGUUGCCAUGGUAAAUGCUGAACGCACACGUGCCUUUGGUGGUCUUGUCAAUGCAGCUGAAAGCCUCAUUCCUAAAUUACCUUGGGGUGCAGAAUUCGAGAAGGAUAAGUUUUUGAGUCCAGAUUUCACAAGUCUAGAAGUUUUGACCUUUGCUGGUUCUGGAAUUCCCGCAGGUAUAAACAUUCCAAAUUAUGACGACAUCAGACAAACUGAAGGCUUUAAGAAUGUCUCAUUGGGAAAUGUACUAUCAGCCAAAGCUCCCAAUGAGAAGAUUCCUUUCAUUAAAGAUGAAGAUCUUGAAGUAUUCUCCAAAUAUCGCGAUGCAGCCUUCGAGGUACAAGUAGGAGUUCACGAGCUUCUGGGUCAUGGAACUGGUAAACUACUCCAAGAAACGAAACCAGGAGUUUACAAUUUUGAUAUCAAAAAUCCUCCCACCAACCCUCUCACCGGGAAGCCAAUCACUACUUGGUAUAAGCCUGGACAAACAUGGGGAUCUGUGUUUGGCAGUGUGGCAUCAAGUUAUGAAGAAUGUAGAGCUGAGGCUAUCGCUAUGGCUCUCGGUUGCGAUUUCGAGGUUCUUAAGAUUUUCGGAUAUGGUGAUGGGACACCUGAUAUGAAUAGUGAAGCUGGAGACGUUUUAUAUGCAUCUUGGUUAUCUAUGGCUAGAAUGGGUAUUUGCUCCUUAGAACUGUGGGAUCCCCGCUCCACUAAAUGGAACCAAGCCCAUUCUCAAGCGCGCUUUUCUAUCCUCCAAUGUUUCCUCUCAGCCCCAGAAUCCUUCUGUACCCUCACUCACAGCAAACCCGACCUCUCCGACCUAACCAUCUCCCUCAAACGCCACCUCAUCCCCACCAUCGGUCGUCAAGCCGUCGAAUCCUAUCUCCAAAAACUACACAUCUAUAAAUCCAUCGCAGAUGUCGAGAACGGUGUGAAACUAUACAACAAAAUGUGUUUCGUAGAUUUAGAUUAUUGGGGUAAGAAUGUUAGAGAUCAGGUGUUGGCGAACAAACAACCGAGGAAGAUUUUCGUGCAGGCGAAUACGGUACUGGAUGAGAAGAGUGGAAAUGUGGAAUUGAAAGAGUAUGAGGCGAGUUGUGAGGGGAUGAUUAAAAGUUUUGUGGAGAGGGCUGUUUAG